GGCAAACAAUCAUUAGAAACAAUAUGUUUGUUGUUAGCAUACAAAGUGAAAUACCCAGAAAAUUUCUUCCUACUUCGAGGCAACCACGAGUGUGCAAGUAUCAACCGUAUAUAUGGAUUUUAUGAUGAGUGCAAGAGAAGAUACAAUAUUAAACUAUGGAAGACCUUUACAGAUUGCUUCAACUGUCUACCCAUCGCAGCAAUUGUGGGCGAAAGAAUCUUUUGUUGUCACGGAGGACUCUCGCCAGAUUUGCAGUCAAUGGAACAGAUUCGGCGAAUAAUGAGGCCAACAGACGUCCCCGACACAGGAUUGUUGUGUGAUUUAUUAUGGUCAGAUCCAGAUAAAGACACCAAUGGCUGGGGUGAAAAUGAUCGCGGUGUCUCAUUCACAUUUGGAGCUGAUAUGGUCAGCAAGUUCCUCAACAGACAUGACUUGGAUCUAAUAUGCAGGGCCCAUCAGGUAGUCGAAGAUGGUUACGAAUUUUUUGCAAGGCGGCAAUUGGUAACGUUGUUUUCAGCUCCAAAUUACUGCGGGGAAUUCGACAAUGCUGGUGGCAUGAUGAGCGUUGAUGAAACACUGAUGUGUUCCUUCCAGAUUCUAAAACCCUCCGAGAAGAAAGCCAAAUACCAAUAUGGUGGACUCAAUUCUGGUCGACCAGUCACACCUCCCAGGGGCGGAGCUCCACAACAGAACAAGAAGGGGAAAAAGUAGAUUGUAGUUUUACUUCGAAAAACUUUGCUGUCUGCAGCAUUGUCGUGCCUUAACAACUUACCCAGUUCGGAUAAGAAACGAAUUAGCAUAUUACAGUCUAUAAUAAAUAUAUCUUGUAAAAUAACAGGGGAAUGCAUUCGAACUCUAGGGUAUAUUCUUCAUACUAUAAAUUUUGGUUUUAAUUUCAAUUUCUGAAUAUUGGAAUAUCUGUUAUGUGAAAUUUUUCACUAUGAAUGUUUAAUUAUAUAUCUAUUGAUGA